CAGCCAAAACACAAAAGCACGCAGAACCCUUCGCGUCAAUACCACGACCAUGUUUGGCAAACGUGAGCAGGAGCCGUCCAUGCUGAACAUGAACGAUGACCACUUGCGGCAUGUGGAGAAGGACAUUGUCAUCCCCAAGAUGGUGAAGGAGGCCGCAAGGAUCGCAUGUGCCGAUGUCGUCAAAGAGUUCGAGGACUGCGCGCGUGGAAGGACAAUCUCGGUUGUGUUCGCGUGCAGGGAACAGAACAAGAAGCUCACGGAAUGUGUCCUUGCCAACUCCACGCCUGAACACUUUGAGCGACAGACACAGAUCUUCCUGGAGAAGAGGAAGGAAGCACGGCUGGCUGAGGAACAGCAAGCAGCACAAGAAGCCCAGCCACAACAACAGACGCAGCAACAACAGCAACAGCAGCAGCAGUAGCAACAGCAACAGGAGCCUUGCUAUUACCUUCCCCCUUCUCGUCAUGCUCCUCCUCCCUGCGACACUCGCUCCCUUCCUGUCCAUCCUGUCUGUGCAACACCCUUAUCGCAUAAACGCCUGCUGUACCUC